AUGCCCCCUCCCUCCUUUCCCCCAUCCCCCUCCCUGCUUCCCCCCAUCCCCCUCCCUGCUUCCCCCCAUCCCACUUCCUGCUUCCCCCCAUCCCCCUCCCUGCUUUCCCCCAUCCCGUCCCCUGCAUCCCCCCAUCCCCUUCCCUGCUUCCCCCCAUCCCCCUCCCUGCUUCCCCCCAUCCCCCUCCCUGCUUCCCCCCAUCCCACUCCCUGCUCCCCCCAUCCCCUUCCCUGCUUCCCCCCAACCCCCUCCCUGCUUCCCCCCAUCCCCUUCCCUGCUUCCCCCCAUCCCCCUCCCUGCUUCCCCCCAUCCCCCUCCCUGCUUCCCCCCAUCCCCCUCCCUGCUUCCCCCCAUCCCCCUCCCUGCUUCCCCCCAUCCCCCUCCCUGCUUCCCCCCAUCCCCCUCCCUGCUUCCCCCCACCAUCCCCCUCCCUGCUUCCCCCCAUCCUUUUUCCUGCUUCCCCCCAUCCCGUCCCCUGCAUCCCCCCAUCCCCUUCCCUGCUUCCCCCCAUCCCCCUCCCUGCUUCCCCCCAUCCCCCUCCCUGCUUCCCCCCAUCCCACUCCCUGCUUCCCCGAAUCUCCUUCCUUGAUUCCCCCCAUCCCCCUCCCUGCUUCCCCCCAUCCCCUUCCCUGCUUCCCCCCAUCCCCCUCCCUGCUUCCCCCCAUCCCCCUCCCUGCUUCCCCCCAUCCCCCUCCCUGCUUCCCCCCAUCCCCCUCCCUGCAUCCCCCCAUCCCCUUCUGCUUCCCCCCAUCCCUUUCCUUGCUUCCCCCCAUCCCCUUCCCUGCUUCCCCUCAUCCCCCUCCCUGCUUCCCCCCAUCCCCCUCCCUACUCUCCCCCAUCCCCCUCCUUACUUCCCCCCAGCUUUUCCCCUGCUCCCCCCAUCCCGUCCCCUGCAUCCCCUCAUCCCCUUCCCUUCUUCCCCCCAUCCCCCUCCCUGCUUCCCCCCAUCCCCUUCACUGCUUCCCCCCAUCCCCCUCCCUGCUUCCCCCCAUCCCCCUCCCUGCUUCCCCCCAUCCCCCUCCCUGCUUCCCCCCAUCCUACUCCUUGCACUCUCUCUCCGUCCUCCCGCACUCUCACCCUCCUUCCCCCCACCCUCUGCCCUGUUAG